AUGAUAUUGGAUAAUGCUCCUGAGAAUGAGAAAAUGAUAGCGCAUGACAUUCAAAAGGAUAUAGCAAGUGCAAUUUCUUUUGGAAUUAUUUCCUCAAUUACAAAAGAAAUUGGUGAUGGAUUAUUUUCCCUUCUCGUAGAUGAAUCACGCGACAUAUCUUCGAAAGAGCAAAUGGCCAUCGUAUUGCGCUACGUAAAAGAUGGUUGUGUAAUUGAGCGUUUUGUGGGUAUCAAGCAUGUAUCAUAUACAACAGGUCUUUCACUAAAUCUACAAUCGAUGAUUUUUUUUUCCAGACAUGGAUUAAGCAUUUCCAAGGUGCGAGGUCAAGGUUACGAUGGGGAAAGCAAUAUGCAGGGUGAGUACAAUGGUUUGAAAACACUUGUCUUGAAUGAAAACAGUAGUGCAUACUCUGUUUAUUGUUUUUCUCAUCAACUUCAGCUAGCAGUUAGGGCCGUGUCAAAGAAACAUACUUAUGUUGAGGACUUAUUUCUACUAGUCACUAAUAUAGUGACUGUCGUUGAAGGGUCAACGAAACGUCAAGAUUUGAUUCUGGAAAAACAAGCCACUUUAGUUUAUGAGGCAAUUGAUAGAGGUGAACUCUCUACAUGGCAAGUUGAUGUCCUGGAUACAUUGGCACAUCAUUCAGACAAAAAAUUUGAAGCAAGACUUACACUUGAUGAAAAAUAUAAUGGGUAUCACGGCAGAUUUGUCGCAAGCUUUGUAGAGGAAAGAUCAAGAUAUUGUGAAUGCCAUGAAACUGUUUACCAUAUGCAAGCAACGAUUGCAAAAGAUGGAUGGGAAUCUUUAUUACCACAAGUUUCUUCUUUUUGCGAGAAACACGAAAUUGAAGUUCUUAACAUGGAAGACAUGUUUUGUUUUCCAAGAAAAUCAAAACGCUUAGCUCCACAUAUCACUAAUUUGCAUCAUUAUCGUGUCGAGUUCUUCUAUGAAGUAAUAAACAUGCAACUCCUGGAGUUAAAUUACCGUUUUUCAGAAACGACUACCGAGUUAUUUCUUUGUGUGGCAUCCUUGAGCCCUAUCGACUCAUUUUCUGCUUUCGAUAAGCAAAAGCUUGUCUGCCUUGCUCAAUUAUAUCCGAGUGACUUCUCUGCUGUUGAACUGGGGAUUCUUGAAGAUCAACUUGAAACCUAUAUAGUGGUCAUGAGAUCAAGUGGUGAUUUUUGGGGUUGA